CUUACAUUUCAUUUCAAACUCUCAUCAUCGUCAGCAGGCACUUUCCUUUCCCCCCUCUUCUCAUUGCCUUCGGUGGGCCAAAGGUGGUGUAUAAUAGCUUUCUUGGUUGCUUCCCUGUCCUGCUGGCCUCUAUCGUUUUGGGGGGGCGUUUACACACUAUCUAAUUGCCCACGGAUCUCGUAAUAUUUAUAUAUCAACCCAGUAGACCAAGCGGAUACCACUCCCGUCGUCAGUUACAGGGUACCGCCAUCCGUUGUCGUCUAAUCGCGACGAACGUGGAAGGAAUCCAUCUUAUUAUAACCGGCAGCUGCAGACGGACUCGGAUUUAAUUGCCACGGACCUUUUUUCGAUUGUUUAUAUUGUUUGGCAUGGAAGACGCCUACGAUUCAGGGCCAGCUUACUCGGGAUUCAUGGAGAACCAACCUACGAGGGCGACGUUGUACAUGCCUAUAGCGUCGCCGCCGACACCAGCACCAUCGCCUGGACCACCGAACGUUGCAAUGUCCUUGUCACCAUUUCCACAAACGCCGACUCUCCGCCGUCAGUACAUAUCUGCGCUCCUUUCUACUUGCACCCCGACAGAACUACUGUAUAUCUCCACGACGAUAGCGCCUUUGCUCAAACGCGAUUUCCUCUAUUCCCUCCCAACGGAGCUAGCGCUACAUAUCUUGAGCUGGGUGGACGACCCCAAGACGCUGGCAAGGGCUUCGCAAGUGAGCCGGCAUUGGAGGAAGCUGGUGGAGGACGAGGGUGUGUGGAGGAGGAUGUGUAGGCUUUGGGAGUUUGGUUCCCCGGUGCAGAGAGUGAUACGGGAUGUUGGGGAUGAGGAGGAGGAAUUUUGGAGGCAGGGAAAGAGAAAGCACAGACACCAUUCCAGCGCAUCGUCGUCUUCCUCCUUCGCCUAUUUUCUUUCCUACAGAUCGCAUUUCAAGCACUCGUACUCGACUAUGAUGAAUUGGCGCUACAGCGGCCGUCUGCUUCGUGCCCACCGUGUGCCGGUAGUCAACCCAACGAAUGGCGUUAUCACCUCCAUCGCUUUGGAUGAUGAUUGGGUGGUGGUGGGACUUGCAAAUUCGCGAAUACACGUUUUUAGCGCCCGUACGGGUGUCUUGGCUCGGACGCUUGUGGGCCACGAAUCCGGCGUCUGGGGAGUAUGUCUCGUCAGUUGCGGAGGGAAAAGGAGGAAGAAGGAAUCGGGAAGCAUGGCUAUGGAGGAGGAUGGUGAGGAGUGGAAUAUUCCUCAUUCGCUACGAGUCGCCCUCGGUUUAGAAGGUUUAGACGAGGACGAAGAUGAUGACGACGACACUGAGAACCCGCACUUUGGGGUCUGUGGUGCGUCGGAAGGAUGGGGCCAGCCGAAUUCGCUCGUCGUCAGCGGGGGCUGCGACAAAGUGAUACGGGUCUGGGAUGCAAAGUCGGGAUACUGCAUAUACGUCUUGCAUGGUCAUACAUCGACGAUUCGGUGCAUCAAGAUGCUGCAGAAUCGACCGAUUGCAGUGAGUGGAUCUCGGGAUUCGACGCUGCGUGUGUGGGAUGUGCAGAGGGGGAAGAUGCUGAGAGUGUUGGGUGGGCAUCAUGAUAGCGUGAGGUGUCUGGAUGUCUAUGGGAAUAGGGCCGUCAGUGGGAGCUAUGAUCAUACUUGCCGGGUAUGGAAUGUCGAUACGGGCCGGUGCAUCCAUGUCUUGCGAGGACACUAUCAUCAGAUAUAUUCCGUCGCGUUUGACGGGGUACGUAUAGCCUCUGGGGGUCUAGAUACCACUGUUCGAGUUUGGGAUGCCGAGACUGGCGUCUGCAUUGCUAUGCUUCAAGGACACACGGCGCUUGUCUGCCAGCUCCAGCUGUCGCCUACGAUCCUCGCAACGGGUGGGUCUGACGGACGAGUGAUUACUUUUUCACUGUCAUCAUACAACGUUCUGCACCGUAUCGCUGCGCACGACUCUAGCGUGACAAGUUUGCAGUUUGAUGGGCGGUGGUUGGUGACAGGUGGAAACGACGGGAGGGUGAAGUUGUUUGAGACUGAUACGGGGCUCCAUGUGAGGGAUUUGACUGAGGCUAGUGAGAGUGUGUGGAAGGUGGCGUAUGGGAGGGAUAGGGAGACCCUUGCGGUUAUGUGCCGUAGGGCGGGGAAGACGGUAAUGGAGAUUUGGAGUAUGAAGCCUGGAGAGGACAUUUAGAUUUGUUGCAACUGUUGUUUUUAUGGUUUUCCUGUUGGUAUCGUAGUUUAAUGGUUGUUAUAAUAUACACAUUGCGAAUACAUUCUUUUCAGUCUUCAC